GUUUCUCGCUCUCUCUCGUACACACACACACACACACACACAGUUUCUCUCUCUCUCUCUCACACACACACACACACACACACACACACACACACACACACACACACACACACACACACACACACACACACACACACACACAGUCUCUGCUGCCAGAGCUCCACUUACAGCUCAAGCCUCUCAAAUCUGUUUUUCUUGUUGAGAUCAGCACACGGUUUAACGCCACACAGCUGCAACUGGAGAGAAGAGAGAGGAGAAGAGGAGAAGAGGAGAAGAGGAGCAAGAACCUGUGUUUUGUACUUUUCCCGGACGUUCACCCUCUAAUCUUUUGGAGUUUGUCCUCAGGACCAUUCAAAGAAAAGGAGGGUCUGAGGUCACGUGACAUAAUCAUUGUGAAUGGGCUGCCAUGUUAACUGACACGGGUAGCCUGACCCGGGAAUAGAGGAAGAGCCUCGGUGGUAGAAAGCAACCGAAAGUAAGGUGAACUCAGCGGGAGGAGAGAGAGGGAACAAGAGAGGAGGGAGUGGAGGAGCACGGUGGAAGUCCAGAAUGGAGGACGGGUUCUCCAGCUACAGCAGCCUCUAUGACACCUCUUCACUGCUGCAGUUCUGUAACGAUGACAGUGCGUCGGCAGCCAGCAGCAUGGAGGUGACGGACCGCAUCGCCUCCCUGGAGCAGCGCGUCCAGAUGCAGGAGGACGAGAUCCAGCUGCUCAAGUCAGCGCUGGCCGACGUGGUGCGCCGCCUCAGCAUCUCUGAGGAGCAAAACACCAUGACCAAUAGGAGGGGGCCCACCAAAGCCAGACCCAUGAUGGCUGCCCUCCCUCUAAGGCCCAUGGUCAACAACGGCACUGUCCUACCAAAGAAAAGUGGCGGCACGCUACCGUCCCUCUCCAGCUCCAGGAAGGAUGCUGCUGCAACAGCAACCAAGAGCACUGUGAGGAGAACCAACUCCAACGAAACGAUGAGCACGCUGACGCGCAAAGACAGCGGAGACUCCAAGAGCAACCGCACCCGUGCCGGCUCCACCGGGAGCAACUCCAGCGGCAAGAGAGCCAGCGAAAGCAAACUGAAGGAGCCCGUUUUCAAUACAGGGAUGAGACGAGUGACACACUGCAAAGAGGAAGGAUAUGUGAAAAUGUAUUUGAAGGGACGGCCCAUCACCAUGUACAUGGCUAAAGACCUUGUUGAGACCUACUGCCUGGAAGCCAAAUCGGACCUGCCAAACAAGAAGCUCAAGCUGGACUGGGUUUAUGGGUACAGGGGGCGUGACUGUCGCUCUAACCUGUACCUGUUACCCACGGGAGAGACGGUGUACUUCAUCGCUUCUGUGGUGGUUCUCUACAACGUGGACGAGCAGCUCCAGAGGCACUACACCGGCCACACGGACGACAUCAAGUGCCUGGCUGUCCAUCCUGAUAAAAUCACCAUAGCAACGGGACAGGUGGCAGGCACCUCUUCCGAUGGCAAACAGUUGGCUCCUCAUGUGCGGGUUUGGGACUCAGUGAGUCUCAACACCCUCCACGUUCUGGGAACAGGCUUCUUUGACCGCGCCCUGGUUUGCCUCGCCUUCUCAAAAUCGAACGGAGGCAACACACUGUGUGUAGUAGACGACUCCAACGACCAUGUACUCUCCGUGUGGGACUGGCAGAGAGAGGAGAGACUGGCUGACGUCAAGUGUUCCAACGAGGGAGUGUUCGCUGCCGACUUCCACCCCACCGACACCAACAUCAUAGUCACGUGUGGGAAGUCCCACCUCUACUUCUGGACUCUGGAAAGGGGCACCCUUGUCAAGAAGCAAGGCUUGUUUGAGAAACAAGAGAAGCCCAAGUUCGUCUUGAGUGUGACUUUUUCAGAAAAUGGAGACACCAUAACUGGAGACUCAAGUGGAAAUAUACUUGUGUGGGGGAAAGGCACUAAUCGAAUUAGCCACGCCAUUCAGGGCGCACACGAUGGGAGCAUCUUUGCGCUGUGUAUGUUGAGGAGUGGCACACUGGUGUCAGGGGGAAAAGAUCGGAAACUCAUCUCUUGGGAUGGGAGCUACCAGCAGAUACAAUCGGUUGAGGUUCCUGAAUUAUUUGGUCCUGUCCGGACUGUUGCCGAGGGCAAAGGGGAGAGUGUACUUAUUGGGACCACCAGGAACUAUGUUCUACAAGGCAGUUUAUAUGGCGAAUUUACCCCCAUCACUCAAGGUCACACAGAUGAGCUGUGGGGGUUGGCCGUGCACCCCUGGAAGCCCCACUUCCUCACCUGUGGUCACGACAAGCACGUCAGCCUGUGGGACUCCUCCUCACAUCAGCCUGUCUGGACCAAGACUAUGGAGGACGCGGCCCAGUCUGCUGGAUUCCAUCCCUCUGGAGCAGUGGUUGCUAUAGGAACGCAGACCGGCAGGUGGCUGGUGCUGGAUACCGACUCUAAGGAUCUAGUCACAGUGCACACAGAUGGGAAUGAACAGCUGUCUGUUAUCCGCUUUGCACCGGAUGGUAAUUUCCUGGCGAUCGGCUCUCACGAUAACUACAUCUAUAUCUACGUAGUGGGGGAGAGUGGCAGGAAGUACAGCAGAUUGGGAAAGUGCUCGGGUCACUCCAGCUUCAUCACCCAUCUAGACUGGUCAGUGGACUCUCAGUACCUGGUGUCCAACUCAGGAGACUAUGAGAUACUCUAUUGGAUCCCGUCUGUGUGUAAACAGGUGGUGAGUGUGGAGACCACCCGGGACAUCCCCUGGGCCACCUCCACCUGCACCCUGGGCUUCCAAGUCUUUGGGUUAUGGCCUGAUGGCUCUGACGGGACUGACAUCAACGCAGUCUCCAGAUCUAAUGAGAAGCAGCUGCUUGUCACAGGAGACGACUUUGGAAAAGUCUGCCUUUUCUCAUACCCCUGCUGUCAAUUUCGGGCUCCCAGUCAUGUCUAUGGCGGACACAGCAGUCAUGUGACCAAUGUGAACUUCCUGUUUGACGACAGUUGCCUGGUUUCCACCGGGGGCAAGGACAUGAGCGUCAUGCAGUGGCGAAUAGUGUGAGGCAGACAUUUUGGGGCAACAGACAUGCAGUUUCUUUAUGGAUCUGGGUAGGGUGGGGAAGGGAAGGGAUGCAGCCCCAGAUGCUUUCCUGUAUAUGGAUCCCAAUGAGCUUAUUGGAGUAGGAGGAAGUUGCCCCUAGACCCGCACCUAGUUUUGCAUUUCCCCCAUUAAUAGUUUAGGAUAGGAUUUGGGCAGGACAAGCUGAUCCUAGGUUAGUUCAUAGGAUUGGAUUGUUGGAGGGCGGGGCGGGUCAUGGGUGGGUGGAUGGGUUGGGGGGCGAAGAUCAUCGCAACAAAAGGAAGAUACAACAGGCAGUACCUAAUGUUUUGUUUUUUAUCGUUCCGUCUUUCUCCUUUGCUUUGUAUAUUUCACAGCUCAGGAAACCAAUAGAAAAGUAGGAGUUCAAUGUCUUCCCAAUGUCAUUAUGGUAGCCUCUCUGGCCUACUACAGAUACCACUCUGCCUUGGAAAGACAGAGAAAGAUUUCUACUGAUGAUGGGCAUUUGGUCUAUACAGAAAGCACAUACAUAUGGUUCAAACUGAUGCUGAUAGAGUAAAAUAACAAAUACUCCUAUAAUUACACAAUAUUUCAUCAUGUGAUGUGUAUUUUACAAUGAAUGCAGCAGGUUUACCACAGGCAGUUGGUUACUAGGCCAACUGUGCAAUGGAUAGACGAAUUCUGAGACUACAUAGAAAUAUGACGAUGUUAAACUCUCUACUGCCAUCGUCUGGCUUCCUGAGGUAUUGCAACAACUUCAUAACUGUAAACUGUAAUAUGAUAAAGUAUCCCACAAGGCAUUUCAAAGAGCCCUUUAAAAACAAAUACAUAAAUAUUUCAAUGAAUAAUCAAUUAUUAUUUACACCUGUUGAAAAGCAUCAUUUUUGAAGGAUAUUCUGUGCUUGACAGAGCUGAAGUUGAACUCUGUGUCAAGAGGCUGGUGGGAGGAGCUAUAGGAGGACAGACACAUUGUAAUGGCUGGAAUAGAGUUGAUAGAAUAGAGUCUAAUGAGGAUUCCAUGUUUGUGGUUUCGAUAUGUUUUUGAUACCAUUCCAUUAAUUAUAUUCCAGUAUUUACAUUGGGCCUGGCCUCCUAUAGCUCCUCCCACCAGACUCCUCUGUUUCAAACCUAUUUGGACUGCACUGUUAUAUAUUGUCUGCUGCCGAGGUCACUUCCUUCCUGAGUCUCCCUUCUCUCCCUGUCUCAAAAUAGAUCUGUAAAUAAAAGGUUUGUACUAAAUCA